AUGACAGUGGUGGCCCGAGGCUUAUGGCUGCUCCGCGGCCGCCUGGCCCGAGUGUCGGCGCUGAGCCGGAGCGCGGUGUCGUCCUUCGCGGCCCCAGGAGCGGCGGAGCAGGCGUUCCGGGGCUUUCGGAGCAGCGGCGUGAGAUAUGAUGCAAUUAUUAUCUCAGGAACUGAAAUGGCCAAACAAAUCCAGAAAGAAAUCCAGCAUGGCGUGGACUCGUGGGUUUCCCUUGGGAACAGAAGGCCUCACCUCAGUAUCAUAUUAGUGGGUGAUAACCCAGCAAGCCACACAUAUGUCAGGAGGAAGAUCAAAGCCGCAGCUGCUGUAGGUAUCUGUAGUGAGAUCAUUCUAAAACCUAAGGAUGUUUCUCAGGAAGAACUGUUGGAUAUAACUGAUCACUUGAACGCGGACCCGAGCGUCAGUGGUAUAUUAGUUCAGUUGCCACUGCCAGACCAUGUGGAUGAGCGGACAGUAUGCAAUGGAAUAGCCCCUGAGAAAGAUGUAGAUGGAUUUCAUAUUAUUAACAUUGGAAGACUAUGUCUUGAUCAGCAUUCUCUCAUACCUGCCACUGCUAGUGCUGUUUGGGAAAUUAUCAGAAGAACAGGAAUUGAAACAUUUGGAAAAAAUGUUGUUGUGGCUGGAAGAUCCAAGAAUGUAGGGAUGCCCAUUGCCAUGCUCUUACACACAGAUGGAGAACACGAGAGGCCAGGAGGUGAUGCAACUGUGACAAUAGCUCACAGAUAUACCCCCAAAGAGCAACUGAAGAUCCAUACUCUGUUGGCAGAUGUUAUCAUAGUUGCUGCAGGUAUCCCAAAGUUGAUCACAUCUGAUAUGGUUAAGGAAGGUGCCGCUGUAAUCGACGUUGGUAUCAACUAUAUCCAUGACCCAAUCACAGGAAAGACAAAACUCGUUGGAGAUGUGGACUUUGAAGCUGUUAAGAAGAAGGCUAGCUUUAUCACUCCAGUUCCAGGAGGCGUGGGACCCAUGACGGUGGCAAUGCUUCUCAAGAACACCCUUUUGGCAGCUAAAAAAAUCAUUUACUAG